UACAGAGGGCUGCAGCUUCAGCUUGCUCUCCUGGCAGUCUCCACUAUCAGACAGGGCUCCUGAGGAAGUGAUAAAGCACAGAAGGUCAGUUUGAAGAAUAACAAUAGUAAAGGAAACAACGAUUUAUACUGCAUGAGAAGAGAGUGCUGAUUGGUUGGUCUCCUGGGAAUGUCAGAGGAUGGUCAACUUUCCACUUCUUGUAGAGACUCCCUUAUUCAAAAGGAGCUACUUCACAAGGAGGUAGAAAACUUUCUAUGAAUCAAAGAGGAUUAUCACAACGAUUUAGUGUCAGUCUGAAGCCAACAUGGAGUCUGUAGCCCUGCGUGAUGUAACCAAGGAACUCAAGAUGUCCGAGAUGGUGGAAUUAAUUGUGGAGACGACAGCUGAGGCCGGGGCAACGGGAUUUAGCGUGGCUGGUGGAGGGAAGGAAGGAAUCUUUGUCAAGGAGGUGCUGAAGGAGUCAAGGGCUGCAAAAGCACUGAAUCUGAAGGAGGGAGAUCAGCUUCUCAGUGCCAAGGUCUACUUUGACAAUGCCAAGUAUGAGGAUGUGAUGAAGAUUCUCCAGAGUGCGGAGCCGUACAAAGUUGCCUUCUGCCUCAAACGGACCGUGCCCAGUGCCGAUGUGGCCAUUUCGUCAGAGACCGGGAACCUGGAACUGAAAGGGCCUGAAGCCAAAAAGACUAAACUGAGUGUCAAGAGCAUCUCACCCGUCAAAAAAACGAAGAAGCUAAUGAAAGGGAAGAUCCUCAGCAAGGAAGAGGCAGAUGUGGAACUGGAUGUGCCGGUAGAUGUGGAGUUUGCAUUCCCUAAAUUCUCCACGUUUAAGAAGCUGACCAUCACUUCCCCCAAGGAUGCGGCUGCUUUGAAAGGUGACACCGGGGUCACACAUCCAGAGGUCGAAGCUGAACUUUCUUUGGGAGAGGGACACGUUAAAGACAAGAAGAAAAAGCUCAAGUUCCCGGGACUCCGGGCAAGAGAGUCGGGAAAGGCCAAGGUCGACAUCAGCCCGAGAGCACCCGAGCAAAAAGGCAGCGUCUCAGUGAAGACGCCACAGGUCACGACGAAAGAGCUCGAAGGAACUGGGGUUGAAUUGAAAACUGAAGCUAAGGUGCCUAAAGUUGAUUUGUUGUCCAAAACUAAAAAAGGGAAAGUAGAUGUCCCCAUUUCAAAAGCUAAAACUGAACUCAAGGUUUCUGAUGGAGCAGAAGUAUCUGCUGUAGGAGAAGCACCUGAAGGCAAAUUGAUUCUUGGGCUCCCAGCGAAAACUCCUAAGGUUGAAUUAGAUAUCGGUUUAUCAAAAACUGAACCCGAUGUCAAAGGCCCAUCAGUUGAAGGCGACGUGAAGGCUAAAGGACCUGGCUUGAAGCUGAAAGUGCCCUCAUUUGGACUAAGAGAUGGCGAAUCAGUAGAUACAACAGGCCCAAAAGUCAAAUUAGAAAGUAGAGAAGCAGAAGGUGAGGUGAUAGGCCCAGAGGGCAAGCUGAAGAUGCCCCAAAUAUCAAUGCCCAGCAUUGACAUUUCUGUACCAAAAAUGAAACAAACAGAAGAAGUAGAUACCACAGCAACUGCAGCACGAGGUGUAGAAAUUGUUGUCGGUAGUUAUAAAGCGGAAGGCUUGGAAGGAAAAGUUAAAGAACUUGCACAGAAAAUCACAACAAUUGACAUUUCAGCCCCCAAGGUCAAGGUGCCAGAUUUUGAUAUCAGUCUACCUAAGGGUAAGGCUGACAUUGCAGCAGCAGGGCUUGAUGGUAAGAGCCCUGACCUUAGAGCUGCAAAGGUUGAGGGUGAAAUCCAAAAAUCCAGGAUCAGUAUUGAAGGACCUGAGGCCAAAUUGAAGAUGCCAAAAGUAUCACUCCCAGAAUUUAGCAUCUCUACCAAGAGCAAAGAAGGCCAGGUGGAUGCAGAAGUGGAAGCCGAAGGCCCAGAUAUGAAAGGCCCCAUGUUGAAGAUGCCAAAAUUCGAAGUCUCUCUGCCCAAAAUGAAACUAGGAGAGGCUGAGGUUGAUGGAUCCCCACCAACAACUGAAGCCCGGGUAAAAGCUCCUGUGUCCGAGGUGCAGGUCUCCAAAGUCAAAAUGGAUAUCAAGGGCUCCCAGAUGGAAGAACCUGAGGCAAAAAUUAAACUCCCCUCGAUGAAAAUGCCAAGCAUUGAUAUUGCAGUGCCCAAGGUAACAAUUCCAGAUGUUCAGGGGGUUGCAGCUGACCUGAAAACUUCGAAAGUCAGCAUUGGUGCGCCUGAAGUGAGCUCCGAGGGAUUCGAUCUGAAGUUGAAAAUGCCAAAAGUGUCACUGCCAAAAUUUGAUAUCUCAGCCAGUGAUAAAGGGGCUGAGGCAAAGGUAGAUGCAAAACUGGAGGUAGAUGGUGAAGAUGGCAAGUUCAAAGGAAUGAAGAUACCCAAAUUUGAAGUGUCUCUACCUAAAAUGAAACAUGCGGAAGCCGAGACAGAUCUUCGUGCUGAAGCCGACGUAAGUGGCCCUGGCCUUGGUAUUAUGGGAAAACUGCCUUCGGUCAAAAUGCCAACAAUUGGCAUUUCAGCACCUGAGAUAAAUGUUCACCUUCCGACCGGUAAGGCAGAUGUCUCAGUGCCAGGUGUCGAAGGUGGCUUCAAGGCUCCGAAAGCCAGCAUUGGAGUGCCAAAGAUUGGCAGUCAACCAUCCGAACUGAGUCCAGAGACACUUGACUUGCAGUUGAAAAUGCCAAAAGUGUCACUGCCGACGUUUGGUAUAUCAGCCAGUGGAAAAGAAGUGGCGGAGGAAGUACACCGCCCUGGAGUUGAUAUUAAGGGAAAGCUGCCAUCAGUUAAAAUGCCAACAAUUGAUAUUUCAGCGCCCGAGGUAAAAAUACCGGAGGUGGAUAUUGAUGUCUGCCUUCCAAAAGAAAAAGCAGAAGUUGCCGGCAUUGCUGCUGGAGGGGAUGGCAAGGUUCCUCAUGCCAGUGUUAAAUCGCCAAAGAUUAGUGGAGAGAGCCAAAUGCCUGGAAUAACCCUGACAGGUCCUGAUGCCAUGUUUCAAAUGCCAAAGGUGUCACUUCCAAAGUUUGAUAUUUCAAUUAAGGGUAGAGAGGCUGGAGCAGACGUUGAUGUGAAAACAGGAGAAGGGUUGGAAGUUGAAGGCCCAGAUGGUAAAGGAAGAAGUCCACAGCUUAAAAUGCCCAAAUUUGAAGUCGCCCUUCCUAAGCUGAAACCGGGUGAUGUUGAUGUGUCCGGCCCAACGAUUGAGGCUGACAUCAAAACUGGUAAACGAGACGCAAAAGUCUCAAAGGGAAAGGCCGACGUGGAAGAGGUUGAAAGUUCAAAGGUGAAACUGAAACUGCCUUCAAUGAAAAUGCCAACAAUUGAUAUUGCAGCCCUUCAGACUGAGGUCUUAGAUAUUGAUCUCAGCCUUCCUUCAGUUAAAUCGACUUCCGCUGCUGAAGGCGAUUCCAAGACUGAUAGAGGUAGCCAUCCAACAGGGGCUAGCGUUGAAGGGCCCGAUGCCAAAGUGAAAAUGCCCAAACUGUCACUGCCAAAAUUUGGUUCUAAGAGUAAAGUGGACAUGGAGGCAGAUGGCAGCAUGCCAAAAGUUGAAGGAAAGGUGCCCUCUCCAGCAGCAAAGGGAAAAGUUAAAGGGAAAGCCCUUGACAUCGAUAUCAAAGGACCAUCUGUCGAUGCAGAUGUUGAUGACAUAAAACUAAAAGGCAAAGAAGGCAAACUUAAGAUGCCCAAGUUCAAAAUGCCAACAUUUGGAACUUCCAAGAAAUAUGAAGAGGGUUUCGACAUCUCCGUUCCUGGCGCAAGAGCCCCUGAUGUAGAUAAACACGUUUCGAAAGGUAAGAUUGAAGUUAAAGGACCAGAGCUUGAAACCGGGAGUCCAGAGGGAAAAGUAAAAACAACCUUUAUGAAAACUUCCAAAUUUGGGAUUUCAGCAUUUAAAAGCAAAUCUCUAGAAGCUGAAGCGAGUCUUCCUUCAGAUACCAGUUUAUCAAAGGACAAAAUAGAGGUGAAGGGCCCUGGUACCAGUGUGAAAACACCAAAGAUGGACAUCAGCACCAAGGCUCACGAUCUGACCAGUGAAGGACCUGACAUCAAACUGAAGAUGCCUUCUUUUACAAUGCCCUCCAUUGGUAUAUUAGGACCAAAAGUAGAAGCAGAUCUAGAAGUAGGUACCAAAACCAAAUCUGACACUUUAGAUACUGAACUAGAAGGCUCUGGCAGCAAGUUGAAAAUGCCAAACAUACAGAUGCCAUCACUUGAAAUUUCGGUGCCUCAGGUAAAGCAGGUGGACACUGAGGGCCUGUUGCCAAGGCCAGAAGUUGAUGUCUCAGAAGCCGCCCUGAAAACCUUUGGGGGAGAUUUGAAGAUUCCGAAAGUGAAAGGUCAAAUAGGAGUGCCCAGCUCGGAAGAGAAACAGAAGCUUCCUUCGGUGAAAAUGCCAUCGAUUGACAUUUCGGUGCCCAAAGUGAAGGCUCCAGAUGUGGACCUCAGUUUCUCUGUUCCCAAGGUCGACGCUUCCAUACGAAGGGCUGAAGGCGAGGCUACUUUACUGAGCUCUGAGCCUGAAGACGUGGAUUUCAAGCUGAAGAUGCCCAAGUUUGGGAUGCCCAAGUUUGGUUUGUCUGGGUCAAAACAGAAAGAUACUGGUGCUGAUGUUUCGGCACCUGUGGAUUAUCAUGUGGAGGAUGCUGAAGGCAAAGGGAUGAUGUUCAAAGCAAAAAUGCCUAAAGUUGACAUUUCUCUACCCAAAGUUAAGCAGUCCGAAGUCGACAUUGAUAUGGAUGCCUCACUACUUGAGGCUGAGGGACCUGAUACAGAAGGAAAAUUUAGAAUGCCUGGAGUUACUCUGCCAAAGUUCUCACCACCAAAAAUGAUGGCCCCAGAUAUCAAUCUUGAUGUCACCUUGUCCAAAGACAAAAAGAUGGCUCGCGAGACAACAGACCCCAAAAUUGACUCACAAACUGCAGGAGGUGAAUUCAAAAUAAAGAUGCCACAGGUGUCAUUGCCUGGUUUUGGCAUCUCCACGGCAGAGACAGAGGACGCGGAUCUGGAUGCUGGUCGCCCAACAGACAAAUCUAAACCAAAAGCAAAAGUAGAAAUUAAAGCCCCUCAGCUGGAGGGAGGGGUAGAAAUAGAAAGCCCGGAGGGCAAAAUCAAAGGGGGGAAGAUCAAAAUGCCCAAGUUUCAAAUCAGCACGUCAAAAGUCAAGGCUGAAGGUGACGCGACUGAAGUUAAAGAGGCGGCUAAAUCUGACGUGGAAACAGAGGGGGGCAAAUUGAAACUGAAACUACCAAAAUUUGGGAUUUCGCCGAAGUCCUCCGAGCUGGAAGCCGAUUUGGAGUUGGAGGGCUCUGAUGGAAAGGUCAAAGCAUCCAAAUCCAAAAUGUCCAUGCUUGGCAUUUCGCUAGGGAAGGGUCGAAAGUGUGAAAGGGAGACCAGCUUGGGAGUUUCUGGGCAGGUCGAGGGGGACCUUGAUGCAGAUGGUGGCAGAAGGUCAGAAAAGUUCAAGAUCAAGAUGCCAUCAGUCACCAUCCCCACCCCAAAAGUGGACAUUGAUUUCGACACGGGCUCACCAAAAGGUAAGGUUGCCUCCAUUGACCAUGAAGCCAAAGCUGAAGUGAAAGGGAAAGCAGGAGUACAGGUAAAAGGCGAAACCCAGGCCCCGGGCGUAGUAAGCUCAGACAGUUCUGAAUCCCGGUUUAAAAUGCCCAAAUUUACGAUGCCUGAUUUCAACAUCUCCGGGAAGGAUGGCGACGCAACGGUGGAAAUGAAGGUGAGGACGCCAGAAACGGGCAUCCGAAGAUCGAAGGUUGCAGCAGACACUGAGGGUCCAGAGGUGGACGUGGAUGGCAAGUUUCAGAUGCUGAAGGCGAAGAUGCCCAAAGUUGAGAUUGAUUUAUGCAAAGAUGACUCAUUCGGAGGAGGAAAAGCUGACAUCAAAGCAGGUGUAGAUGCUCGACAGGUUGGCCAAGAUGGCAUGAGUUCAGAAGAAAUGUCCGCAACAGGGUUCUUUAAAAUGCCCACCAUUGAAAUUUCAACACCCAAGAUCGGAGAUUCAUCAGUUGGGGUGGAAGGAAGUGGCACUGAAAUUGGCCUGCGUCCACUGGAGGGCAGAGGGGGUCUUCGGGAGGCUGAUGCUGAUGUUAUUCAAUUGAAGAUGCCCAGGAUCGAGCUUCCCUCGUUUGGCUCAUCUGAAUCCAAGGAGCUGUCUGGAGAUCGAAGCAGCACGGGGGCUACUGCGGGCAGCUCUGUGUCAAAAACUAAAAUAGACAUUAAAGGUCCACAAAUAAGCAUCAAAGGUCCGCGAGUUGAAAUCGAUGCGACAGGAGCAGAGCUGGAUGUUUCAGAAGGCAAGCUGAGCAAACUCAAAGGGAAAAUGUCAAAGUUUGGUGUGGAGCUGCCAAAAGUCACACAGCAAGAGGAGGUGAGGUUGACCACUGGUGUUGGCAAAGGUGAAGGCACGGCAAAGGGCAGAGAUAUCGGUUAUACGUCGCUCAAGGCUGAUGUUGACUUUCCAGAUGCAGAACUGACAGGAUCUGAGGCGAAACUAAAGACUGACAAGACCAAAAAGCAGCUAUUUAGCUUUGCGAAGACAUCGUCGCCCAAGGACAAAGGGCACGGCAAAUCUCUAGCUGCAAAGGGGGGCGUUGGUGUAGGGACUCCACCCGAGGUCGAUAGUUCAGAGGCCAAACUGAAAACGUCCAGGGUGAAGAUGCCCGGCUUUGGAAUCUCUUGGUCGAAAAAUAAAACCACAGAGUUUAAUGGGGGUUUAGAGGCAGAUGCAUCAAGAAGAAAGGUGGCAAGGGCUGAGGAAAGUGAUGACACCGAUAGCUUGGAUGGAAAAUCCAAAAUGAAAUUGAAGUUGCCAAAGGUUAGUUUCACGCCCGUUAAAAUCCCCGCAGUUGACGUCACCUUAAGUGGGCCGGGUGAUGCGUCGGGGCUUCAUGUUAAUGGGGAGAGUGAGAUGGCUGGGAGCCAAGGAAUGAUUGGUAAAAUCAAACUCCCCAAAGUGGAAUUCUCCUCACCCUAUCAGAAGGACAAAGACGGUGACAACGAGCAAAGUCUCCAACUGGUCAAAACAGAGAUGUUGCUGUCGAAGGAUGAUGCUGGACCCCAGUCCAGUCCUGACCAGUCUUUCAGGACUUCAUCCCCCAAAGUUAACGGAGGGGAUGUGAGAGGGGCAAAAAUCAAGGGGUCCAAAAUAACCUUUUCAGGUUUCAAAAAGCGAAGCCACGAAAGAGCACAAUCGGAUGAAGAUCCAGAGGCGUCCAAUCUGGUGACAUCGACUGCCAGGACUGAGCUGGCGCUGCUGGAGUCGGGAGGGGAUGCGGGGCACACCAAGAUGAGCAAGUCAAAAACUAAAGUGGGAUUUACUUCAGGUAAAUUCAAAGGAAUGUAUUCUGUUCACGGUGCUGCCUCAGCUCAGUCUGACUCGGGUAAAGAGCCCAAACACAAGGGCGCUGCAGACAGCCAAGGUGAAGAACAAGAAGAGUCGGAAGUCAAAGACAAGUCAGCUAAAUUCAAACUCCCAAAAUUCUCUCUUGGCUCCAAGUCUAAAGGGGUGCUGGAACUCAGCUCCACAGAGUAUCAAAACAACACCAUCUCGGAACUGCAGCUGGAGGAUGAGGAGUCUGCAGCACGGCACUUUAAGUUCCAAAUGCCCAAAAUAGGGUUCACAACCAUCUACCAUGAGGAGCACACUUCUGAGGAGAAAAUUUUUGAAGGGGAAGGUUCUGUGACUGUGUCUAAGGGGAAAAAACAGAUGAAAACUGAAACUCUGACCGAUAAAUCAACCAGCAUUUAACUGAAGGCCAGAAACAGCAUGGUGCAAGGGCGCGAGGGCGAAAACUCAUUGCCAGCACCAGUUCCUGAAUGGACAAAGACUUUGCGUUGUACAGAUCUCCCUCACAUGGACCCUUCCGGCAAAUUAACAGCGUUCCUGAGUUCCGGUGCAGAGGCAAAGAUGACUGGAGUACAGUUUGGCAUUAAACACUACUGACUGGAGCCUCCCUGGGCUAGAAAUUGUGGUUGAAACUCAUACUGUUUCCGAUACCGUAUGUUACAAUACGCCAAACUGUGAUCUUCUAAUGGAAGGCUGUGCACAGAACGCAACUUAUUUAAGACCUUCUCUGUGACUAACACUCACCAACAUCUUCCAUCAUAGGCAUUCACCCUUAAUCUUCUCUUGGUUGCUUCAAAAAUUCUGCUUAGAUUGGCAAUUUUACAAAAGUAUUGUGGCUUUAAUAUAUUAAUUGUAGAUUCAAAGUCAAGGGCUUGGCUAAUGAGUAAAGGGUUUGUACAGCC